AUGAGUACACCACCCAACAUCCAUCAGCAGUAUGCUACGCCUCCACGUGAGACGCCGGCGGAGCGUCGUCGCCGUCUGACCAAUCGUCGCUCCGCCAAGUAUCGUCAUUUUCGAUCGCUAGCUAAUUCUCAGAAUGUAUCAGAUCCAGUAGUCGAGCUCCAGCGGCAACAAAAUAGUCGUAGACAGCGCGAGCGUCGAUCGUUGCUGAAUGACGAGGCACGCGACCGCUUACGGGCGCAAAACCGCCACCGUCAGCAGCUCAGGAGACAAAAUUUGAGUGAUAAAGAAAAGGCAGAGAUUCGAGAGAAGCAGCGCACGCGACAGAGACAGCGUCGACAGAUGCUGGACGAUGACGCGCGCGACGAGCUCCGGGAACGCGAUCGACUACGAAUCACACGAAGACGACGACAGUUGAAGGCUUUGAAACGGCAGCAACAGGUUGAAAAACAGGUGACAAUGCUGCCGGUUCAAUUGGUACACCCAGCACUGACGGAGAGAGAGAGGCUGCCGCACUUGAGACUGGCACCAGAGCUACCGACAUUACGGCAGCAUCAGGAACAACAGAGACAGAUGGAAAUUCAGAGCAGGUUGCCAUUUGGCGGAGGUUUGCAGAUCACGCUGCCACCUCCACCGCCGGCAAUCGAAAGAGUCAGGACGUUCCAGCACGAACGGAUUCCGUCUCUGCCUCAUUUACAGCAAGUAACGAGACCAACGACUUCGUCCUUACUGCAUACCACACCGACGCCGCCUCUCUUUUCGAUGCCUGGACCAACUAGUGGAGGAGCAGCAAGUAUGACAUCGGUUAGUGCAGUGGUUGUUGCGGCAACAAGGCCACCGCACCCGACGCCGAUCAUAGCGUCAACUAGCUUGCCACUGCCGAACAAACCGCUAACUGCGCUGCCAAUAGUUCCGCAGCAGCAACAACAAUCUCGGACACCGAUUGUGCUCCCACCAGCACACCGCUCGCUUCCUCCAUUACCUGACUUUCUCAAUAGCCGCGAAGCGUUCAAUCCCACCACUGCCGCCGCCUCUGUUACUGCUCCUUCGACGCGCAGUUCACGGCCUUCAAGUAGUGCUACUAGAGCUCUGUUCCCGUCUAUUACCGACCUUCCUGCUGCGCACACCGAUGCGCCAGACGUCGACUCUUUUUUUCAACGAUGA